GCGGUCCUAGUGCCCUCCACGUAUCCUAACCGCCAUUGAACAAACAAAACAAAAAAAAAAAACGACGAAGCCAAGUUGGAAGUGGUCCAUUGAAAGGUCGAUAGCGCGACCUCCUGUAGUGUAGAAUGUAGUAUGGACCAUAGGACAGGACGAAGAAGUCCCGUUAAGAAGCUGUGGAGGCCUAAGAUGCUCUACUAGUCUGCUGGAAAUCCAAGGAAGACGAAGGAGUCAAAGGCAAAAUGGCGUUUGACAGAGAAGGCCUAACGUGGCCACUGGCCAUUAUUGUUUCUCUAUUUGUAUUUAGUGCAUACAUGUACGCAUAUAUGUGGUGUAGUAGAUGAAACAUUCUUAGUCAUUGUUUGUAUCCGGAUACAUUAGUCUGAGCGCACUUUAUCGCGUCGUGUGCUAGUUAGCUUAGCUUGUUAGCUUAGCUUGUUAGCUGCUAACAAAGAGACGCGGACGUUAUCAACACAUCGCUAAGUAGAGAUCAAAUGUGAGUGUAAAGUGUUGUGGUUGUGUGAAAAUGUGCGAAAGAACGAUAGGAAAGUAUGAGGAGGAACUUUGUCCAACAAAAGAGGAGAAGGAGCGACAACAUCAACUACUGGACGCUGUUUUCAAGAAACAUCAAGUUGUGUUACACAGACCAGACGCCCAGCAGCCCCCCCACAUUAAAGAGGAAGAGGAAGAUCUACAGCCACCCCACAUUAAAGAGGAAGAUGAGGAUCCACAUCCCCCCCACAUUAAAGAGGAAGAGGAGGAAGUGUCGAUCAGUCAGGAGGAAGAGUGUCUUCUAGGGCAGGAGGAGGCUGAUCUCAGCAAGUUCCCACUGACUGUUGUCUCUGUGAAGACUGAAGAGCAUGAAGACAAACCACCUGAGUCCUCACAGCUUCAUCACAGUCCAAACGUCCAGCAGCCCCCCCAUGUUAAAGAGGAAGAGGAGGAUCCACAGCCCCCUCACAUUAAAGAGGAAGAGGAGGAAGUGUGGAUCAGUCAGGAGGGAGAGUGUCUUCUAGGGCAGGAGGAGGCUGAUGUCAGCAAGUUUCCACUGACUGUUGUCUCUGUGAAGACUGAAGAGCAUGAAGACAAACCACCUGAGUCCUCACAGCUUCAUCACAGUCCAAACCAGUGGUCGGACGAGCCUCGCCGGACGACGCCAACUCAACUCAUCCCAACUACAUUUGCCGCCAAGGACUUGAUCCCCGAACUGAUCGACGAGGACUUAAGUCCCAAAAUCUCGCCGGAAAUUGGCCCCCGUCGUCGGUUCGAAGACUGCAUCUACCACGGGGAACAGAUAAUGGCGCCUUUCAGUCAUCUGGCCCCUCCUCCCCAAGCAGUAAGACCCCCAAUGGCGUCCGUCAAUCAUCUGGUGCCUCCGCCACAAACAGUGAGACCCUCAAUGGUGCCCGUCAAUCAGCUGGCGCUACCUCCACCUCCACCGACAGUCAGCUGUGUUCCUGUGGUGAUUCAGCCGGAGGUCAUGGGCCAAAAUCCUGUUGGACUUAUGUGUAGCAACAGUCAGCUGCUGUUCGAGAUGGAACCUGGAGAGGAACCUGCCACCUUCUUUACCAACCCUCCUCCAAACUCAUCAAAGAGAAAGAAGAGGACAGGGGACAACGAGGACGGGCCUUACAUCAAGAAGCCUCCAAACGCCUUCAUGCUGUUCAUGAAGGACCAGCGUCCCAUUGUCAAGGCCAAGUUCCUCAACAAGGACAGCGCCACCGUCAACAAAGCCCUCGGCCAGAUGUGGAAAUCUCUGACACCACUGGAGCAGGAGAAGUAUUUCCAAAAAGCCGAUGGCCUCGACCAAAUCCAUGCCAACAUGUACCCGCAAUGGUCUUUCCGAGACAACUACGGCAAAAAGAAGAGGAGGAAGUGGAGAAACCCAGCAGACGUCCAGCAGGUGUCAGCAGAGAGUCAUGAAGAGAUUCCCUCCAAGCAGCAGGAGUGGAGCUCCAUCCAGUGUGGGACAGAAGGAGCUACAGGCCCCCUCCCACAUUAAAGAGGAGCAGAUUCAUGAUGAAGAUGAAGCUCAGUCCUUACAGCUUCAUCACAGUCAAAGUGAGGAGAACAGAGGGGCGGAGCUUGUAAGUCAACACAUCACAGAAGCUGAUGGAGAGCAUUGUGAAGAUAUCAAGUCAGAACCAGACAGCAUCUUUGCUCCACUGUCAGACAUGGGCCACAUGAUGUCAGACUCUUCUGAUCACAGUGACCACAUCCAAAAACCUUUGGAGAGUAAAAAUGACUCUAAAGGUGAUGCGAGACAUCACAUUAACAACAAACACUUUGACUGCUCUCAAUGUGGGAAAUAAUUUAGAUGGAAGAGUCACUUUACAGUAUACAUGAGGACACAUACUGGAGAGAAACCUUUUACUUGCUCUAUUUUAAGAAGAGUUUCUCCACAAAGCUUGUCAUGACCAGACACAUGAGAACACAUACUGGAGGGAAACCUUUUACUUGCUCUGUUUGUAAGAAGCAUUUCUCCACAAAGCUUGUCAUGACCAGACACAUGAGAACACAUACUGGAGAGAAACCUUUUACUUGCUCUAUUUUAAGAAGAGUUUCUCCACACAUCUUGUCAUGACCAGACACAUGAGAACACAUACUGGAGGGAAACCUUUUACUUGCUCUGUUUGUAAGAAGAAUUUCUCCAGAAAACUUGACAUGAGAACACAUACUGGAGAGAAACCUUUUACUUGCCAUGUUUGUAAGAACAGUUUCUCCACAAAGCGUAACAUGCCCAGACACAUGAGAACACACACUGGAGAGAAACCAUUUAGUUGCACUGUGUGUAAUAAAAAAAAAAUCAAGAUUAAGUAUCAGGUCAGUAAACACAAGUGUGUAACAGUCAUGGAAGCUGCAGGGAUUUAAAAACACUUAAACAGGGAUUGUGCUAAAUGUACUUUGAAAACACAGCAUGUUUAAUACAAAUUAGUAUUUGAUGUUGUAUGUAGUGCUUCUCAUCUUUUACUGUUAUAUGUCGUCCUGUAGUCACUUUAUAAGUUGUGUGCUUGUAUUGAAUAUUAUAUGUAGUUAACAUUGUAUUCUAUUUUCUUAUUGUUUAAGAGAGGAAAUCUUAUUAUUUUCAUUAGGUUUUUUUUCACACAUUUUUUCCAUUUCAUUUUAUUGAUGUUAUUAUCCAUUUAAAAGUAUGAAUGGGCCGACCACAGAAAAGGCCCUGUCUCCCCUGGUUUUAAGUCUGGUCUUGGGCACCACGAGCUGGAGCUGACUCUCGGACCUUAGAGCGCGCGCGGGAGUGUAAAUUUGGAUGAGGUCCGAGAUAUAUUGAGGUGCCAAUUCAUGUAAAGAUUUAAAAACAAACACCAAUGUUUUGAAAUCAAUUCUAAAAUGAACAGGGAGCCAGUGCAAACUCUGAAGAAUUGGGGUUAUAUGCCGGCGUUUCCUGUUCCCUGUUAUAAGUCGUGCUACCGCGUUCUGGACUAACUGCAACCGGGAGAGAGCUUUUUGCCUAAUGCAAUGAAUGACAUCUAAGCACCGUCUUUUUCAUGGACGCCCCUGCUUAUUUCAGCAAGACAAUGCCAAGCCAAAUUCAGCACGUGUUACAACACCGUGGCUUCAUAAAAAAAGAGGGCGGGUACUUUUCUGGCCCGCCUGCAGUCCAGACCUGUCUCCCAUGGAAAAUGUGUGGCGCAUUAUGAAGCGUAAAAUACGACAGCGGAGAUCCCGGUCUGUUGAACGACUGAAGCUCUACAUAAAACAAGAAUGGGAAAGAAUUCCACUUUCAAAGAUUCAACAAUUAGUUUCCUCAGUUAAAAUUCUACUAUGCACAAUAAAAGCCAUUCAUCAACAACAUCCAGAAACGCCGCCGGCUUCUCUGGGCCCGAGAUCAUCUAAGAUGGACUGAUGCAAAGUAGAAAAGUGUUCUGUGGUCUGACGAGUCCACAUUUCAAAUUUUUGGGGGAAACGAUGGACAUUUGUGUCCUCGGAAACAAAGAGGAAAAGAACCAUCCGGAUUGUUAUAGGCGUAAAGUUGAAAAGCCAGCAUCUGUGAUGGUAUGGGGGUGUAUUAGUGCCCAGGGCAUGGGUAACUUACACAUCUGUGAAGGCACCAUUAAUGCUGAAAGGUACAUACAAGUUUUGGAACAACAUAUAGAGCCAUUCAAGCAACGUUAUCAUGGACGCCCCUGCUUAUUUUAGCAAGAAGAUGCCACACCACGUGUUACAACAGCGUGGCUUCAUGGUUAAAGAGUCCGGGUACUACACUGGCCUACCUGUAGUCCAGACCUGUCUGCCACUGAAAACUUUGAAGCCUAAAAUACGACAACGGAGACCCGACUGUUGAACAACUUAAGCUGUACAUCAAGCAAGAAUGGGAAAGAAUUCCACCUGAAAAGCUUCAAAAAUGUAUCUCCUCAGAUCCCAAACGUUUAUUGAGUGUUGUUAAAAGAAAAGGUGAUGUAACACAGUGGUGAACAUGCCCUUUCCCAACUACUUUGGCACGUGUUGCAGCCAUGAAAAACUAAGUUAAUUAUUAUUUGCAAAAAAAUAAAAAAUGUAUAAGUUUGAACAUCAAA